GCGGCCGCGCCCUCCUGGCCACUCCCCGGCCGGCGGUGGGUGGCGCGCACUCGCUUAUGUCCUCCGCGCCACCACGGUCGCCCACCCCGCGGGCCCCCAAGAUGAAGAAGGACGAGUCUUUCCUGGGCAAAUUGGGCGGCACACUGGCAAGGAAGAAGAAGACGAGGGAGGUGACUGACUUGCAGGAAGAAGGCAAGAGCGCCAUCAAUUCUCCAUUGGCUCCAGCUUUGGUGGACAUCCAUCCUGAAGACACCCAGCUAGAGGAGAAUGAGGAACGUACCAUGAUCGACCCCACCUCCAGAGAGGACCCCAAGUUCAAGGAGCUGAUUAAGGUGCUCCUGGACUGGAUCAACGAUGUGCUGGCGGAGGAGCGCAUCAUUGUAAAGCAGCUGGAAGAGGAUCUGUACGAUGGCCAGGUGCUACAGAAACUUCUGGAAAAGCUGGCACACUGCAAGCUGAAUGUGGCAGAGGUGACACAGUCCGAGAUCGGGCAGAAGCAGAAGUUGCAGACGGUCCUGGAAGCUGUGCAAGACCUGCUUCGGCCCCAUGGCUGGCCACUGCGCUGGAAUGUGGACUCUAUCCAUGGGAAGAACCUGGUAUCCAUCCUUCACCUCCUCGUCUCCCUGGCCAUGCACUUCAGGGCCCCCAUCCACCUCCCUGAGCACGUCACAGUGCAGGUGGUGGUCGUCCGGAAGCGGGAAGGCCUGCUGCACUCCAGUCACAUCUCAGAGGAGCUGACCACAACCACAGAACUCAUGAUGGGCCGGUUUGAGCGGGAUGCCUUCGACACGCUUUUCGACCAUGCACCGGACAAGCUCAACCUUGUGAAGAAGUCUCUCAUCACGUUUGUGAACAAACACUUGAAUAAACUGAACUUGGAGGUGACCGACUUGGAGACCCAGUUUGCAGACGGUGUGUACCUGGUUCUGCUCCUGGGCCUCCUUGAGAACUACUUUGUCCCCCUCCAUAACUUCUACCUGACUCCUGACAGCUUUGACCAGAAGGUGCACAAUGUGGCCUUUGCCUUUGAACUGAUGCUGGAUGGAGGCCUCAAAAAACCCAAGGCUCGCCCUGAAGAUGUGGUGAACUUGGACCUCAAAUCCACUCUGCGGGUCCUUUACACUCUGUUCACCAAGUACAAGGACGUGGAGUGACAAGAGUGGCUGAUCCUGCCGGGACAAUUUCUAGGCAAGAAAAAUGAGAGCAUCCACCCACGGUCCCUGCUUUCCCAGGAAACACC